CCAAAAUGUGUACCAUUUCCACAUUCGCUACAUGACAAGUUCGUAAAAUGACGAGAUGUCGGUGUCAUUUAGAACUGAGAGUCGCCAUGGAUACGCUGUAGAGUUUUCUCCUUAUCUCCCGAACAGAAUAGCAUGUGCUACGAGUCAGCAUUAUGGAUUCACAGGUUGUGGUACAUUGUUUAUACUGGACAUUACGCCAGAUAGAAAAUUAUUUCCAUAUCGCAGCUUUGAUUGGAAUGAUGGACUGUUUGACGUGACGUGGUGUGAGAAUAAUGAAAACUUAGCAGUCACUGCUAGUGGUGAUGGUAGUAUACAGUUCUGGGACAUUUUACAACCAAAGGGACCAAUCAAAGUGCUGAAAGAACAUACCAAAGAGGUAUAUGGAAUUGACUGGAGUCAAACAAGAGACCAGCAUUUCAUUCUGUCUGCAUCAUGGGACAAGUCAAUCAAAUUGUGGGACCCCUCAGGUCACCAAUCAUUAUCAACGUUUCUGGGACAUGAACAUGUGGUCUACAGCGCAAUAUGGUCACCACAUAUCCCAAUGUGCUUUGCAUCAACAUCAGGUGAUCGUACUGUCAGGGUAUGGGAUAUCAAGAAACCACAAAUGGCUAAUCUCGUCAUAGCAACGGGUAACGCUGAGGUGCUGACAUGUGAUUGGAGCAAGUAUGACCAGAACCUGCUAGUUACGGGAUCCGUGGAUAGCCAAAUCCAUGGUUGGGAUCUUCGUAACCCUAGGCAACCAAUAUUUGCACUCUCUGGUCACGAGUAUGCAGUAAGGAGAUUGAAAUGUUCCCCUCACCAUGGCAACAUAGUAGCAUCAUCUUCCUACGACUUCAGUGUCAGACUAUGGGACUUCUCAACACCUCAGAAGCAACUAGAAUGUAUACGACACCAUACAGAGUUUGUAUGUGGUAUUGACUUCAAUCUGCAUAUACCUGGGCAGAUUGUUGACUGUUCAUGGGAUGAGAGAGUUCUGGUUUAUACACCACAGUCACUUCUUGUACCAGGAUGAAUACAUAUUCAAGCUUUUGGGAUUUUAUUAAAUGCAAAUCUUUAUAUUGUGGUGCAAUAUUGAUCGAUAGUAGUGUUUUUUAAUUUAAACAAAAUCACACAAUAUGUAAAUAUAAAUAAGUUUUAUUUGAAAUGUACAUUGCACAAACCAGUGAAUCUGAAGCAGUCUUUGUCAUGAUGUGAUGACCCAUAUACCAUCAGUGAAAUUUUCAGCUUCCACUUUUCGUCAAAAAUAAUACUGGUUUUGUACUAUGACAGUUGCCAUUUUGAAUAAAAGAAAACAAAACAGUUCAAUCCG